AUGUACUUUCUUCUACCUCUUGGCUCCCCGGAAUGCCCCGUGCCCAACGGAAGGUUCGCGUCGGGGGAUCAGUGCGACGCCUACACCGAGUGCCAGGAUGACGUGCCCGUCCAGAAACUGUGUCCGGACGGUCUGCUGUUCCACCAGCGCACCAAGGCCCAAGGGGAGUGCACCUACGCCCCGUACUCCACCUGCAAGGAGAGGGCCCGCCUGCAGCCGGCCAACGGGACGGAUGAGUGUCCGCGCCAGUUCGGCUUCUACCCGAACGGAGACGCCGCCAAGUGCGGCGUGUACCGCAACUGCGCACAUGGCGUGGCCAGUCAGACCAAGUGCCCCGAGGGACUGGCCUUCAACGAGGAGACCUACCAGUGCGACUGGCCCGAUCUGGUGGCCAGCUGCAACGCCGAGGCCUUCCUGGGCUUCGACUGCCCCGCCGCCGACCCGAUCGACGCAACUGCCCCCGAGGUGGACGUCAGUCCGGAGGGGGAGCUGCGCUACUAUCGCCACCCCCAGACCUGCAAGAAGUACUUCGUGUGCGUCAACGGACACCCGCGGCUGUACAACUGCGGCAAGUACCUGGCCUUCAACUCGCAGACGAAGCUGUGCGACUUCUACAACAAGGUGCCGGAGUGCUAUGCUCUGCUGAAGGAGAAGCAGCGCCUCAAGGCGGAGAAGCUGGGUCAACCGGUGGUCCAGCCAGAGCAAUAGGCUCCUGGACUCACGGAAUGGUGCUGAGAGGCUGCAAUCUACACACUCUUUGUGCAAUGUAAAUAUGUAACUGAUUAUUGUUUGUGCAUUGAAUAAAUUAGUAAUUCUUGUAUAUAUAUACACAAAAUC